CAGCAGCAUGCGCAGCGAGCGGCCCAAGGGGAAGGGCCGGCAAGUCAAGCUCUACGUGCAGGCGGAGACGCCGCCGAGCUCCCAGGACGGCAGCUCCCAAGACGCCGAGCUCGAUGAGCUCGAGGCUGAGCACAUGGCCUUGCUCAAGCGAGCCAAGAUCCGCAACCUCCAGCUUGCGAAUGCUGCGCUCCGAGAAGGUCUUGCCCGAGGCGGCUACGUGGCGCUCGACCGCGUCCUUGCAGAGGGCAUCAACAUGGUUCCUCGUGUCGCCAGUCCUCCGUCGACCAACGACUACAAUGUCACCGACAACAGAGUUGCACCGGGCGGCUCGGCGCCUCACGUCGAAGCCGCUGACGAUCAAGAAGCUGCAAGAGACGAUGAAGAGUCCAAGGACGAAGUCGGUGGCAACGAAGAGGCGUCGAACGAGGACAUCGGCGGUGCACCACUCGAGGAUCACCUUGCACCCCUCAACGACCACAUUGCAGUGGUUGCCAGUCCUCUAGCGGCCAGCGAUACCGGCACCGAUGAGGAAGAGACCAAGCAAGAUGACAGCAAAGAGGACGUUGCCGAGGAUGACGUCGAGCAAGACCAAGACGAGCAAGCGGCCACGGAACAACGUGUUGAAGGGGACGAGGCCGAGCGCGACGACGCUGGCAAAGACAGCGACGGCACUGAGGUAGCACCACUGGGUACCGGCGCGGCGCAUCCGAUCGACAGUCCUCGGGCGACCAGCGACCAAGAUACGGACGAAGGCGACAAGAUCAACCAACAAGACCCCGACGGAGAAGCGUCUGGCCAAGGCGAGUCCGACGAAGAAGACAGCCGCGUUUCUCCCCAGCGUCAUCGAAAGCGAUCGCCGUCGCCAACGUCGUCAUCAUCGCCGCGACCCAAGAGACCACGCAGCACCCCCUCCUCCUCCGACGACAACCAAGACGACGGAUCCCUCAGCAGCGACGCGGAGGAUGGCGAGACAUCCAGCGGCGUUGACGUCGCGUCGCCAGAGCUUCGCCGUGGACUCCCGCUCGUCGACGCAGUGCGACCCAACAGCAUGGCGGACGACGACAACGCGCCUGCCCCGUACGACGACGAGCCCGAUGUCUUUGACUUUGGCGGCGGCGACUUCGAUGUCGACGAAGCUCCUUUGAGCGCCGACGUCGACAUGAUCGCCAACCACGAGGUUGCUAAUGAGCCGCGUGACAUGUUUCUAUCGCCGCCCAGCGCCACCUUGGCAACCCCAGCGACCUUGCGCCGCCUCCACGAAGCGCUCCGCACGCUAGACGCGCGCCGCGACACGUACCUCGCCUCUCGUCCGCGCCGAGGCCGUGGCCACGAGACCGACAUUAGCAAGCACCUGAUUGACGUCGUUGUCCAGCGUGGCAGCGAUAUAGCGACCGACCACGUCGCCGUCGACGCCGACAUGCUCGAGCUGCUUGACGCACUGGCGGCGACACCGCUGGACGUGGCGAUCUCGCGCUUCAUGGCCAUCGCUGACGUGCUCCAGCGUCGGCAGUGGCUGCGUCAUGACGACUUUGGCGAGUACUUUCGGACGACCGUGCAGAACGGGACGCGGUAUCGCGGCGAUCGGCGGGCCGUGGACGGCGACACUGGACCCUGGGUCGCCCACCCUCUGCAGCCAGUGUGGAGCCGCCUCCCGACCGCGAUCUUUCCGUGGUGGACAGCGCGCGUGCACCCGUCGGACCCCGAGCCGCAGUCCACGGGACCUAGCAAUGCGUUCAUGGCCGGGGACGAACAAGUUGUCUUCUUUCCUGUGGACGGACUCACGGGCCGCGUCAUCUUUAACGCGUUGGCACGCCCGAGCCGCAGUAGCAACGCCGAAACCCGCGCGACGUCGGUCGAGCUCUUCCGACUCACGCCCAACGACGCCGACGCAAAUGCGGUUUUGGCGCUCGCACCGUAUUGGGAGGCGGCCAUUCAGCUGGAGCGCGCGGCGCAUCACCGAGACGAUCCGUGCUGCGUCGUGCCGCUGCCCGAAGUCUUUGACGUCCUUGAGCAAGCCAUUGACACAUGGGUCGCCAACGCCCAGGCCCGACGGCGUCCACGGGCGGCCGACCUCUCGAUCACCGAGCAACUCGAUCUCGUUCAAGCGCUCGUGCCAUCAGAGCCACUGGACCGUCUCGACUUGACGUACAUGGGGCGUCGCGACGGCUGCAGCUUUGUGACGCGCGCGCGGUCGGUACGCUGGCUAGUGUUUGACGUCUGCGCUGUGCUUGGCUGCUCGGCCAGUCGCCUGCAUAAGCGGCGGUGUACGACCCACAGCCGCGACAACCUCACCGAGUGCGUCGUCGACCAGUGCGACGAGCUCGGCUAUGGCGACGAACGCAUGUGCACUCGGCACCGCGCACGGCCGAUUCCGGUUGAUGACGACUAACGAGCGCUCUUAUGUCUCGUACGAAUACGUUGCUUUCUGCGUAUUUGGAGAAAUACGCUGUGGCAGACAGUGGUUAGGGUUCGUACCGAAAGUGUACGCUGACGGCGUUGUCGAGUCCAACGUAUCUCGAUCGGUAGCGACGAAGAGCCUUUUGGCUACCGAGAUGAGAGAACGGCUGUCGAACAACUUUACCCUGUCCACACCGUUCAAUCCUAUCCUAUCUAUCCUAUUCUAUCGAGA